AUGCUGCCGCCGAUCUCAGGCGUGGCGCCCGUCGGCCAUCCCCCCGCCCCGCCGGGCAGGUGCUCCUCUUCCGGGCGGCAUGCGGAGCAAUGGGCACCGCCGGCCUCAUGGGGGGGGCCUCGCUUGGUCGGACCCGGCGCGGGGAGCAUCGGGUGCACUGGAUCCCGGCGGGUGUGUUUUUCGGGCGCACCGCGCCCGGGGCGAGGCCGGCGCCCCAGGCGCCAUCGCGCGGGGAAUUUCGACGGGGAUAACGCGGCCGACCUGCAGCUGAUACACUUCCUGGAGGACGGUGCGCUUUGGAUGCGGAAAUCUUUCAAAGAUCUUCAACAAGACAGAGAAAUGUACAUCCAAGGUGGAUUCCAUGAUGCACCUCAGUGGCAGCUGAACCUGUUUGGGUUCAUGAGUGAGUUCAUUGACACUGCUGCCAAAGACCUUGAGAACAUACUGCCCAAGAUUCAGGAUGCCAAAAGGAGAGCAGAGGCUGGAGACCUGGUCGAUUCCGACGAGCUGUUCAGGAGCAUUGGCCGAUCGAACUGGCCAAAUGUGAUGUCCCAGUACGGCUGGCUGCUGGCGACCGUGGACCUGUUUGGGGUGGGGGUGGGGGUGUGGUUCACUGGUGCCCUGCUGGGCUGGCUGGGGAUUGAUGCGUAUGAGAGGUGGCACUUGCCCUCCCAGGGCCUGGUGGCAUGGGUGCUGUGGACGCUACCCCAUGCGCUGACCACGCUGCUGCUGUGGCAAGGUUUUGUGCACGACCGAUUUCAGGCUGUGAAGGCUGUCUGUGUAUCUAAACGAAAUGAACAGUACGAAGAAGCGGGAUCGGCAUACUUUGCGGCUGCUUCCAAACAAGUGCUGGCAAUCGAGGCCCUCGGGCGGGCCAUAGGCGACGGUUUCUUGGAGCAGGGUGCGAUUCUGUCGUCCCUCACGGCAUGGCCAGUCGAGCCAUCUCCCACAGGGACUGCCCCUCUGGCUGCUUCGCUGGGAGGAAUGACAGCCCCACUUCCUUAUCUCCGCAUUUUCCAGGCGCCAACAGACGCUGGGAUUGUUGGAAUGGUGACUGCCCUAACGGGCGUGGCGCUGCCAGAGUGGGGAAAGUCUGCUGGCUGGAUGCCAGACCUCGAUAUUUAUCAGAGUGAGGAGGACAUAUCUCUCUUGUACGACAGUGAGCUGAGGCCGCAGAUUGCUCCGCUCGCCUUUGCCGCCUGUUUCGCGAGCACCUCCUACCUUUGCCUGGAGGCCAUCGCGACGGACAGCCUGUUCACCUGCAUCGCGACCCGCGCCGUGAGCGUGUUCAUCGCCCUGCUCGGCAUGAGACAGUUGACGGCCACCCAGAAGGCGGCGGGGUGA